AUGGCAGGCGUGUCGGACGAUAUUGAAAUAAUUGUUGAAGCAGGUAAGCCAUAACCAAUAAGCCCAGAGGCUUAAGACAAAAAUCAAAGGGUAUAUAGGCUAUAUAUAUGUGUAUAACUUAGUUAGUGAAGGUCGUAAUCGUAAAAGGUCUGGGUCAGCCAUCAGGGACUCUCGGCUCCGACUCUGGACUAAGGCUCAGACGCUCAGUGGCAGGCUCACAGAGGGCAGAUGGGCAGAGGGGUUAGGUGAGUUAUGUUGUUAUGAGUGUUCCUCCAAUCCUCCGUUUCUGCUCCGCCAGCUCCAGGUGCUUCAUUUUUCAUGUUCUAUUUUUCUAUGUCCAAUUCUAUUGUAUUUGCAUAGAUAUAAUAAUAAUAACACCAAAAAUAAUUUAUUAACAGGUAGUUAAGUAGUUCUUUGUGAUUAAUGGUUGAUUAUUACGUGGUUAUUAGUACUUACUAGGAUAUGCAAUCAAAACACCUUGUCACACUUAGUGCUCUAAGAUUAGUUAUCUAAGAUUAGUUAAGAUUAGUGAUCUAGGAAUCUAGGAUUAAUUAAUUAUUAAUUAAUUUGCUUUUCCUGUUGCAUAGUGUGUGUUUCAUGCAAGAAGGAAUAUUGUGGGAGUCAUUCUUGCAAAGUUUGCAAGAAAGCCUGCCAUGCUAUUCCACCUUGUGCAAAAUUGAAUGAGGAUGAUGAAGAAGGUUUUGGUGCAGCAGUGCUCUGUGCUAGUUGUGCAGCAACUAAAGGAGAGGCUCCACCAAAGAGAAAGAUAUCAGAGAAAGGUAAAGAGAUUAUAAUAUCAGUAUCACAGUACUAUGGGUAGCUAUAAAGUCAUCGACUCAUCAUGAUCUUCUAUAUUAAUCAGGAAACUUUUUUACUAUAUUUACUCUAGAAACCAAUUGGUAUGAAAAACUUGGAAAACAGUCAGGGAAGUUGGCGGCACCAGUGGCCAAGCGAGCAAAAGGUGGUCAUGGCAAAACACCAAUGGGGUUCUGUCUGCUUUGUUUCUGUGAAGGGAAACAGAAAUUUUGGUUGGCAAGGGGAAAUGCAUCCACUCUUUCUAACCACCUUUCCAAAGUACACAAAAACCAAAGUACGAAAGCCAAUGAUGCUGUGCCCGAAAGUUCACCUCUUGCUGCAGAGGCAAUGAAGGAAUACAAACGUAGAUUUGCAUCAUCUGCUGCAAGUUCAUGUAGGUAGGUGAAACUCAAAACCUAACAGUUCUGUUCUACUUAUAUUUAUCUACAGUAUACAUGUAUUUGUAAAGUUCAAAGUUAAGUUAUUGAGUACUCAAGUACAUGUAUACUCAAUAAAAUAAGCUUUGGAGACUGGUGUUGUUUGUAAAUGCAUAUGUGAUAUGUUGUAGCAGGUCAGUUUGGAUUUCUUGUAACAUUAACAAAUUGUGAAUCCUCUCAUUUGUGCUAUAAACUGUUGUACUUGAACUCUUACUGUAGUAGGAAUCAAGAGAAGAGAAGUGGUAGUGUGACUAGUGUCCAAUCGGAAUCACCUCAAACACAAAAGACCACCUGUAUGGAUUUGGAUGUUGAUAGUGAUUUAACUAUGGCGUAUGUACUGUAUAAUAUAUAUAACAUCACACUAGAGUUGAUCAAUUAAACCAUAUACUGUAUAUAUACAUUAUGAACUGAUCGGCAAUAGAAACUAAAAUGAUAAAUUUCAAAUUUUGUGCUAUAGUGAAGUUAUAGAACAGUUUGAGUGUCAACGUGAAGAUAAAGUGGUCAGCGUCAGUGAUAGCCAGGAAAUCCAGGAUGAUGCACCAUUGGAAAAGGAUGAUGCACCAUUGGAACAAAAACGUACCCCGCAAGACAAAGACCAAUAA